AUGGUUGCUCAAGGACUCGACAAGCGUCCAUUGAAAGAGUUGGCGUCUGAGAUCACUAAUCGCCAAUUCAAUUGUGUUCGAUUGACUUGGUCUGUUCAUAUGUUUACUCGUUAUGCAUAUGAGUGUGUUGGUGAUGUCUUAGAUGGUCUAGAUAUUGCUGAUGUCAAGAGUGGAGUUGCAAAGCACAACCCUGAGAUAUUGAAAAUGACUGUUGCUAAGGCGUUUCAAACCGUUAUUAAUUGUUUGGGCUCAGAAGGCAUCAUGGUUAUUUUAGAUAAUCAUAUUAGUCAGCCGAGGUGGUGCUGCUCUCUUGAUGAUGGCAAUGGUUUCUUUGGAGAUCGCAAUUUCAACCCUAAUGAAUGGCUUCAAGGCUUGUCAUUUGUUGCUGCGCAAUUCACUUGUAAUCCACAUGUGGUAGGAAUGAGUCUAAGAAACGAGCUUCGAGGGCCAUUUACAAACAAUGAUGCUUGGUGCUAUUACAUGAGAAGAGGAAGCCAACUAAUCCAUAGAAUAAACCCAAAUCUUCUCAUAAUCAUUUCUGGAUUAAACUAUGGCAAUGAUUUAAGUCAACUAAAGAAAAGGCCACUAGGCUAUACCUUUCAGAACAAAGUAGUGUUGGAAGCACAUCUCUAUUCGUUUAGUGGGGAUAACGAAAGCAAGUUUGUGAAAAAGCCAUUAAACAUAAUAUGCAACGAAAUCAUGGAGAAGUUUGAACGGGAAGCUGGGUUCGUAGUGGACAUGAAGAAUCCUUAUCCUUUGUUCAUUAGUGAAUUUGGGUAUAAUCAAUCAGGGGGCAACGAGGCUGAGAAUCGGUUCAUGAGUUGCUUUUUGGCUCGAAUUGCCGAGAAGGAUAUUGAUUGGGCCUUGUGGGCGUUCCAAGGAAGUUAUAUGUAUAGACAAGGUCAUGUUGAUCCUGAUGAAAGUUUUGGUGUUAUGGAUCACUCUUGGACUAAAGAUCGUAACCCAAAACUUAAACAAAUGCUUCAACUUAUCAAGAGAGUGAAUCAAGAUCUAAAUUCUAAUGCACCAAUGUCAUACAUAAUGCUACAUCCGGUAUCAGGGCAAUGUGUCAAAUCCGACGGCAAAGGAGGAAUUGAACUCGGCGAUUGUGCCACUCCAACCCAAUGGAACCAUAGUGGAGAUGCAAGUCCGAUGAAGUUGUUGUCAAACGGGCAGUGUUUGAAGUCCGCGGGAGAUGGAAAAUCGCCAAUCGUAUCCAUUGAUUGCUCCGGUGACGAAUACAAUUGGACGGUGGCUUCCAAAGCAAAGCUCCAAUUGUCCACAAAAGUUGGCGAAGAGAGUUUUUGCUUGGAGAAGGAAUCUGAAACUUCAAUUGUUGUGAAGAAAUGUAUUUGUCUAGACGCGGAGAGUUGCAUGGAUGAUCCUCAGAGUCAAUGGUUCAAGCUUGUUCCAACCAAUGUUGCUUAG